AUGACCGUCACCGCUAUCACAAGCCUGGCUCAAUACAAGGAGAUCAUUGAAACCCACGAAAAUGUCAUCAUUGACGCCUGGGCACCGUGGUGUGGUCCUUGCAGAUUUAUCAGCCCGGUUUUCGAAAAACUCUCCGAAACCUUCAGUAAUAUUUAUUUCGCCAAGGUAGAUGUGGACGAGGUGCCUGAUGUUUCGGAAGAACUUGGAAUUCGCGCAAUGCCCACAUUCACCGCCUUUAAAAAUGGAGAAAAAGUCGAUAUUCUCCAAGGAGCUGAUCCUAACGGGCUUGAAAGACUUAUCCAGAAACUGGCUUAG